GUAUGUUGAAACACUUUAUAGUGGAGAUAUUUGGUUGGAUUGUGUCCAUCAUAAUGAUGCAAGACUCUAAUAUAUUAAAUCAGUAUGGAACCAAACUGACAAAUAUGCAAUUUGUGAUAUAUAUUACGCUAACGUAGCAGUUGUAUAAAUUAAUGUUAAGUCUAAUUUACGGUGUUCAGUAGUUUAUGUGACGUUGUUUUGAUAUACUGAAACUACAAUAUCGCACUUUGACCUUUAUUUAAAUCAGGUGUGUUCGUUAGUGUUCAAUAAUAUGGCUGGGGUUCUAACAAAACUGCAUGACGUAUUUCAAGGCUUGACCAUAGACGAUAUCAAGGAGUUUUGUAAGGAUAAUGUUAAUGUCAGAACUUGUUUAGUAUUUGGCGUUUGUGUUGGAAUAUGGUGGCUGAUGAGAAAACCCCGAGGGAUCCCCCCAGGUCCAAGAUUUACUUUGCCAAUACUAGGAGACCUAUUGUCUCUAGACAGAGGAGACGGUGAUGUGAGAAUAGCCACUAGAAAACUUAGAAAGCAGUAUGGAGAUAUAUUUAGCGUUUAUUUUGGACCGAGAUUAUUUAUCUUCAUCAAUGGUUAUGAUUUGAUUAAAGACGCCUUAGUGAAAAGGGCCGACGUGUUUAGUAACAGACCGUCAAUGUUUAUGAACGAUAUGAUCAACCAGAAAAAAGGGAUUGUCCUGUCCUCGGGUCAGUUAUGGAAAGAUCAAAGAAAAUUUGCUCUAGAAACUUUAAGAGAAUUUGGUUUUGGAAAAACGAUACUUGAAGAUAAAAUUAAUGAAGAAAUUGGAUAUUUUGUUGAAAUGAUUGGAAACCAGAAGGGUAGAGAAUUUGACAUGUGGCGCUUAACCCAAGCCUCGGUAUCCAACGUGAUUUCAUCUUUAGUUUAUGGACAAAGAUUUGAGUAUGAGGAUCCAAUAUUUAAAAAAUUUUUGGAGAAGGUCGAAGAGAAUUUCUCAGCGGUUGGGUCCACAGCUGUGAUGAAUUUCCUACCAUUUCUUCGAUUCUUACCUGGUGAUUUGUUCAAAUUUAAGAGAACGAUUCGUAAUGUUAAAACAGCAGAGAUGGAAUUAAUUGAACCUUCUAUUAAUGAUCAUUUGAAGAAUUAUGACGAGAACAACACCAAUGAUUAUAUUAGUAGUUAUAUUAAAGAAAUGAAACGAGUUGAAAAAACUGGUGAACAAUCCUAUAUAAAUAGAGAGAACUUAACUAAAGCUAUCGGGGAUCUUUUUGUAGCUGGUACAGAAACAACAUCAACAACUAUUUUAUGGACAAUUCUCUACUUGCUUCAUACUCAAAACAUACAAGCAAGGUGUUACAAAGAGAUUCAAGAUGUCGUUGGUUCAGGUCGCCUACCUUCUAUGAAAGACAGGUCAUCUAUGCCAUAUACCCAAGCUGUUCUGCUGGAAGUUUUGAGAAUUGCUAAUAUUGUUAUUAUUGGGGUGCCACACACUGUUGACGAGGAUAUAAUAUUCCACGGUUAUCAUAUUCCAAAAGGGACUGUAGUCAUUCCAAAUCUUGAUUCAGUUCUCUUAGAUGACAAAAUAUGGGGAGAUGCUGAUGUUUUUCGACCUGAAAGAUUCCUGGAUGAAAAUGGACAACUGGUGAAAAGAGAGGAAUUCAUCCCUUUUUCUCUAGGAAGAAGAACUUGUCUUGGAGAAUCUUUGGCUAAAAUGGAAUUAUUCUUAUUUAUGACAACCUUGAUACAAAGAUUUGAAUUUAAACCAGUAGAUCCGGAUAAUUUACCAACAUUAAAAGGUGUUUUUGGUAUCACACACGCUCCUUCUAAAUAUGAGGUUCGAGCCAUACCCAGAUAAAUAACCAGAUUAAAGAAUCAUGUCAAAGUUGUUAUUUGGCUGUUGUAUUUAACAUUGAUCUGUGAAUCAUGUAUUGUCGUUUUGAUACUUUAAAUAUAUAUCCACGAACCGUGUAUAACAUAAACCACCAUGGUCGUUUGUCAGUGAAUUAUCUAGAAAUAUUCGUAAACUAAUUACAGGUAUUUUAUGAUGAUGGUGUGGCUACUUACCGUUAUUAACUACUAUUAGUAUACUACUUCAUUCUGACCUAAGUUAUAACUCUUUUAGUUUGGACAAGAUGUGUGCAAUUAGAUUUUCAAUAUUUUCAUUUUACAUCAUCUAUUUUUGAGCUUUUAUAGCAAGAGUGUUCAGCUCUUUAUCUUUAAAUUUGGAUAUGUAUGUCUAUCACACAUGAUCUUUACUUGUCGGUCGUUUUUUUUUUUGCAAAUUUUACUCUCCUGUCCACUUUUGUCUGUCAUUAUUAACAGGACCGUUUGUUUUUGUGUUUUCGUAUUCCGUUACUUUAUAACUCGAUAUCCUGCAUCACCCGCCAUCAUUAUCCUGUUUGUUGCAGAAAAGUAGGACGUUGAACCCCCAUCUCAUUUCAUGUAUGACUUGAUAUGAACUGUAUAUAUACCUUACUAUGUAGACAGGGGACUUAACCUUCCCUUUGUUUAACUGUUGUGAACUUGUUUAAAAAAUUAAACCCAA